AUUUUAAAAUUAGAGUACUAAAUCCAAAGCCCCACUAAACAAUGAAGUAUCUUAUAUCAGAAAUGCUAAAGGGCACUGUGGUACCUAGUACCUUUUUAUGUGUUAAUAUCGCUAUUGGUUCAAUUAAGUAUCAAGUCCCAUAUAAUUUAAUAUAAUAGCUUUUAGGGAGUAUCGCUAGCCAAUCACAACACGACAUGUCGAAAAAGUGCUAGGCACUACUGGUACCUAAUAGCAGUGCUCUAUCUUAUAUACAUAUACAUAUACAAUUCACAAUUCACAAUUCACAAUUCAAACUAUCUCUCAAGGGUAUUUUGGUCACAAAAAAUAUCAACCCCAACACCCUUUAACGACCACUUAUUACCUUAAUUGUAUUCUCUCUAUCCUCUGUUAAAAAGAGAAAGAAAAAACCUCUUAUAUAUCCCAACACAUCCACAAACCAAACAUUCAAAAACUCUCACCACACUUCUCUACUAGCUAGCCCAAAAUUAACCAAAGAGAUAUAUAGAUAAAAAAAAGCUCAUAGCUUUAAUUUCAUCAUCAAUGGCUGAACUUGAAAACCCAAAGGUAAUGACAAGUCUAAUCACAUUUCUGUCUUCUUUGCUCCAAAGGGUAUCUGAAUCAAACGACAUAAACUGCCAAUUCCAAGCUCAGAAAAUUUCAAUCUUCCAUGGAUUGAGUCGACCCACAAUUACUAUACAAAGCUAUUUAGAGAGGAUUUUCAAGUAUGCCAAUUGCAGCCCAUCUUGCUACAUAGUUGCUUAUGUUUAUUUGGACCGUUUUGCUCAGAAACAAACUUCUUUGCCCAUUAACUCAUUCAAUGUUCACCGUUUGCUCAUCACAAGUGUCAUGGUUGCUGCCAAAUUCAUGGACGAUAUGUACUACAACAAUGCAUACUAUGCAAAAGUGGGAGGAAUAAGUACAAAAGAAAUGAACUUUCUUGAAGUGGAUUUCCUAUUUGGGGUAGGGUUUCAGUUGAAUGUGACUCCAACCACAUUCCAAACCUAUUGUUGUUAUCUCCAAAGAGAAAUGCUUCUAAUGCAACCACCACUACAACUAACUACUUCUUCUCUUAUUACUUCUGGAAAAUCACUAAAUCUUCACUUGUGCUUCAAUGAAGAUCAAGAUCAAUCAUCUCAUCAAACACAGCAACAGCUAGCUGUUUAGUUGAUUUGAUAUGAUCCAAUAUAUUAUAUAUACUAUCUUCUCAUCAUCAAAACUUAUAAAACAACUUGUUUUAAUUAUCCAAACUUUGUAGUUAAUUAUUAUUAUUAUUAGUACGUACGUCUUUAGA